AUGCUACUCCCGUCACAAAGACCAUCUAUCCCUCCCGGGAUACCCAUCGAACCCGAUUUACAGAUCACUGACCACAAUGUUGCAGCCUCCGCGUCACUGGCUUUAUGGAUGGCAUCCUCCGAGGUGGAUCAGAAAGCCUUGGGCAAUUUCGCGGCCGUAAUGGCCCUCGAAAAUCCCCUGCUCUCGGCAAUGCUAUACAAAUCUCUCGGCCUCUCGGUUAUGCUCUCCAAGAAACUCCUUCGCGCCCGCCGAUUACGCCGCCUUGACAAUACCCGCGAAACCAAAUCGCUUCAAUUGUACUAUCACAUCAUAUGGCUUGCCCGAGAAGGGCUGUUAAUACUUGAGGGCUAUAUCCUUCCCAUGGUCUCACGAUUCGUCGAAUUGAAAGUUCUCUCCUACAAACUCCGCGCCUCAUUCUAUCAUAUAUUUGUUCUCUUCCACAAUCGCCCCGUGGUCCAGCCAACAGAUCCGCAACCACCAACUCUCGCAAAGCACGACUCGAUUUACGGCGAAGAAUCCCUAUCCGCCCUACGUGGACAAAAUUCAUCCCAACAACCCAACAAGACAUCUAUCCCACCCGGCCUCGCUCCAGUACUACCACCUCAACCAGCCACCUCAUUCCUCCUACCCCCACUCGACUACACAGCCACUGCAACAGCAUGUUUCAACCAUGCAUCCCUCCUUGCUGACAAGCUUCUCCCUGGCUCGCAUCCACUCCGACUAUCUGUAAAACUGGAAUAUGCCGCCUAUCUCUACGACUGCCUCCAAGACCCAAUCGCCUGUCGACGCCUUGCCAAACACGCCAUCGCCGACGUUUACAACGCCCAAGAAGGCAUGGACGACGAGAGCUUCGAAGACGCCGCCGAAAUCGUCGGCGUUCUAGGCAAAAUGGUCAAGCGGAGCGGGAAACCCGGCAGCAAUAGUACGCCAGGCAGCACGACCUCACACGGAGAUCUGUCUCGAAGUCGCAGCAGUCGCAGCCCCUCGCAUCUCGAUACCAGUCUACCGACGACAGUCUCUCCAGUUCCUGUCACCAAGUCCACGCCCGUCAGCGCAAAAUCAUCGACUGUGGCGGUUUCGACUUUACCGCCUGCCGUUCCGAACGCGACUAUGAUGAAUCCGAUUUAA